GGGGAAGUCCAUGGAGGAUGAAGUCUUUCACAGAGUACAUUGCUAAAGAGCUGGGCCUAGAAGAUCCAAAAGGAGAGUACCCAAACAUCUGUGAGGGAACAGAUCGCUAUGCCAUGUACAAAGUAGGACCUAUACUGUCUGUUAGUCAUGGCAUGGGCAUUCCAUCCAUCUCAAUAAUGUUACAUGAGCUUAUCAAACUCCUCUAUCAUGCCCGCUGCACUGAUGUCACUAUCGUGCGCAUUGGGACCUCUGGCGGAAUAGGUCUGCAGCCAGGCACAGUCGUGGUCACCAAGCAGUCAGUGGAUGCCAUGUUUCUUCCCUGCUUCGAGCAGGUGGUUCUGGGUAAGACGGUGGUGAGGAGCACGGAGCUGGACGUCGAGCUGGCAGAGGAGCUGCUACAGUGCGGCAAAGAGCUGGCGGAGUUUGAGACUGUCAUUGGGAACACCAUGUGCACUCUGGACUUCUACGAAGGUCAAGCUCGUUUGGACGGGGCUUUCUGUUCGUACACCGAAGAGGAAAAACAAAACUACCUGUCCGAAGCAUAUGCAGCAGGAGUCCGCAACAUUGAGAUGGAAUCUUCUGUUUUUGCUGCCAUGUGCAAACUCAGUAAUAUACGAGCGGCUGUGGUGUGCCUGACCCUCUUGGACCGGCAGAAAGGAGACCAGCUGAGCAGUUCUCAUGAAGUCAUGCAGAGCUACCAACAAAGGCCACAGAUCCUCACUGGCCUUUACAUCAAAAAGAAGCUUGAAAUUCCUGAUAAAUCUCCUGUAGAAGUUUGCAAACCCCAGAAACCUCUGUUGUUCCUUGAUGGUCGUGGGUGUGGGCCAGCUUACUACCGCCUGGACCUUUUCUUGGUCCAUGGAGAUUCCCUCGGGGCUGAUGACGUAGCCCAGAAACGUGAUGGUGGUUUUAUGGAAUUCACACUUCUCGGCUUUCACAUAUAGCUGGUGACGGAGCAGUCGCUGUAGCACUUGGCGAACGUGGUGAACAUGUUCUUCCCGGGAGUCAGAGUAUAUCAGUAUGUCGUCGAUGUAGGCGAUCACAUGGCGUCCCAGCAUGUUACGUAACACAUCGUUAAUUAAACAUUGGAAGACCGAGGGGGCGUUAGAAAGCCCAUACGGCAUGACCUGAUACUCGUAGUGGCCUGAAGUUGUGCUGAACCCAGUCUUCCAUUCAUCUCCCUCUCUGAUCCGGACCAGGUUGUAUGCACUGCGCAAGUCCAGUUUCGUGAAAAUGGUGGCCGUGCGUAAUUGUUCCAGAGCGGCUGGUACUAGAGGGAGUGGG